UGUUGAAAUACACUAUAUUGCCAAAAGUAUUUGGACACCCCUUCAAAUCAUUGGAUUCAGGUGUUCCAAUCACCUCCUUGGCCACAGGUGUAUAAAAUCAAGUACCUAGGCAUGCAGACUGCUUCUACAAACAUUUGUGAAAGAAUGGGCCGCUUUCAGGAGUUCAGUGAAUUCAAGCGUAGUAAUGUGAUAGGUUGCCAUCUGUGCAUUAAGUCCAUCUGUGAAAUUUGCUUGCUACUAAAUAUUCCAUGGCCAACUGUUAGCGAUAUUAUAAUAAAGUGGAAGCAACUGGGAACAACAGCAACUCAGCCACGAAGUAGUAGACCACAUAAAUUGACAGAGUGCAUGCUGAAGAGCACAGUGCGCAGAAGUCGCCAAAUGUCUGCAGACGCAUUUGAGCUAAAGACCUGCAAACUUUGUGUGGCCUUCAGAUUAGCACAACAACAGUGCAUAGAGAGCUUCAUG